AUGAUCCUUCGCACCAUUCCCUUCUCAUCCAACAUCGCGCCACGUGGCCUAAUCACAUCGCGUUCUGAUUCUUCUCCAACCCGAGUCAACUCAGAUGCUUCAACCGCCGGGUCACUCGGGCCGGACUCGUUCUGUUUCAGCGGCGUAUGUUCGUGCGGAAGAAGGCGCUUCGUUGAAGCAGCAGUAGCCACAUCGUUAUUCCCAAUUUGCCCCGCCACCUCCAUCGCUUCCAAAUUGCCUUCUGAUAAUUAUACGGCCAUGCUAGAAAAAGUUCAUCCUCCAAGACCAGACUGGUAUGAAGAGUUCUAUGCAUCAGUCUUGAACACCUCCAUGCAAUCUUAUGAAGACGAGAUUGCAGGUUACAAGGCAGAGCUGUUCGCUGAACUGAAGGGAAAAGCUCAGCAAGUGUUGGAAAUUGGUAUAGGGACUGGUCCUAAUCUUAGAUACUAUGCUGCUGAUAGUGGUGUCCGGGUUUUUGGUGUGGAUCCAAAUAUAAAGAUGGAAAAGUAUGCUCGGGCUGCCGCCGUGGCUGCCGGUCUGCCCCUUUCGAAUUUUGAGUUUGUACAAGCAGUUGGGGAGGCUAUACCAUUAGAUGAUGCUUCAGUUGAUGCAGUUGUGGGAACCCUUGUAUUGUGUUCUGUUAAAGAUGUUGAUAAGACUCUGAAAGAGAUAAAGAGAGUGCUGAGACCAGGUGGAGUUUACCUGUUUGUGGAGCAUGUGGCUGCAAAAGAUGGAACAAUCCUCAGAUUUGUACAGAGUGUUCUUGAUCCUCUGCAACAAACCCUAGCUGAUGGCUGUCAUCUCACCAGGGAAACAGGAAGGAGCAUAUCCAAGUCUGGGUUCUCAGAUGUUAGGCUUAGCACGACCUCCUUGUCCAGUGCCUCUAUCGUAAACCCUCAACUCUUUGGAAUAGCUUCUAAAACGGGGUCCCUGUGUUGUGUGGCUGCAAGGCCACAUGAAUCACAUACGGCCAGUAGGGACUGGUCCGUGGGUCCAGAGGAGCCUUGCUGGCGAACUAAUACGAGCUUCUCACCACCCCCAUCGAGAUGGGAUUUCCGAUUCCAACCUGAAGAACUACAGUAUGGUUUGCAUGAUGGUAUUCAGCAGCAUGGGUCUUCUACUUCAUCAAACAGUAAAGGAAGUAGGGGCUGGGUAAGAGGCAACAAUCUCUAUAAUCAUCACUACUCUGCAUCUGAUGGUGCUGCACUGUUUUUAAGUAGUUCAUCUGACCUUUCUCAAGGUCCUCAGUGGACACCUCCAGCAAUACAGGAAAUCAGUAUAGAUGAUUAUGAAACUGCAAAAAGGAGAGGUCCAGCUUUUGGGCAUUCAUUCUUUAGACCUACUAUGGAGGGAACCUCAGAAAUUCAAGACACCGGGGAGUCCUCCUCAUCCCGUUCAGACAGCAGUGAGUCUGAACCUGCAGUCAAGGCAUGCCUAUCUUCUCAUCAUACUUUACCGAGUCGCCGUUCAUUCAUGUCCAAACCUAUUCAUCCCUUAUCUUUUCCUGCACAAACUCCUCCAAGAGAAGCUUCUGACCUUACAUUAGCUGGAUUUGCGGAAUUUGAUGCUGCCACUCCUCAAAGAGAUGGCCACCGCUGGAGCAGUGCGAGUAGCAGCAUUGAUUUUGCAGAUGUUUCUGAGUCAUUUGAGGCAGAAAUUUCUGGUCGACCAUGUAAUAAUAUGUCUGAUGGUUUUAGAUGCGGGUUGUGUGAAAGGUUUCUUUCACAGAGAUCACCUUGGAGUUCUCGUAGGAUAGUAAGAAGUGGAGAUAUGCCAGUCACAGGGGUGCUUUCCUGUUGUCAUGUCUUCCAUGCAGAAUGCUUGGAGCAAACAACACCCAAGACACGUAAAAAUGACCCCCCCUGCCCAUUAUGUGCCAAAUUUGAGGAGGAAAAUCUCCCUGAGCAGCAAGGCUUCUCAAGACUGCGGACUGGUUUUCCACGGCUCAGAGCAAUUUCUGAUGACGGGCCAUCCAGGCCUUGGGGAUGUACGCAGGUAGGAGAUUGUGUUGAAGGGGCUUUGCAUGCUCCCCCGCGCAAUAGCAUGCUGUUGCUUAACAGAAGUCGCAUAAAGAAAAAUCUUUCUUUGAAAGGUAAUUUGGGCAAAGAUUUUCCAGGUCAGUUGAGAAAAAGUGGCUCUUACUCUUUUCAGCAUUUGAGUGGAAAAUCAGCUGACCAGGGAGCAGUUGGAAGCUCAAAGUCAAAGAUGACUGCAGGCCUGAGUAUUAAGAACUGA